AAAUUCGAAAUUAAAAUACUUAUGUAUUUUAUAUGGUAUAUAAUUUAUUUAAAAAUAAUAUUAAUAUGCAUAUAUAUAAUAUUUAUUAAAUGAGACAGAGCUCGAGUCUAAAUUCCACGUGGCGAGUAACUAUUGGUUCAUUACUGUUUGCCUGCGACAAACAUACAUUGAAGAUUUUAACUAAUUUGUAACUAAACCUGAGAGACUCUCUCGCUUCAGUAUUAUCUCCGCCGCCUCCUCCGAUAAGAUUCACUCAGAUAUGGCCACCGUCACAUCCAACACGCCGCCUAAAUCCUUCUCCUCCUCCUCCUCCUCCAUUUCCAAUCCUCUCAAACCCCUAAACCCCAAAUCUCCAUCCCUCCGCUUCCCACCUCGCAACAAUCAUCACCACCACCGUUUAUCCAUAAACGCCGCCGUUUCACCACCGUCUUCAGACACACCUUCGCCGGACUACAGAUUCGAGAUCCUCUCCGAAUCCCUACCGUUCAUCCAAAAAUUCCGAGGCAAAACCAUCGUCGUCAAAUACGGCGGCGCGGCCAUGACUUCGCCGGAGCUCAAAGCCUCCGUCGUGAGCGACCUCGUCCUCCUCGCGUGCGUCGGUCUCCGCCCCAUCCUCGUCCACGGCGGAGGCCCCGACAUCAACCGUUACCUCAAACAGCUCAACAUCCCGGCCGAGUUCCGCGACGGACUCCGAGUCACCGACGCCACCACGAUGGAGAUCGUCUCCAUGGUCCUCGUCGGAAAAGUGAACAAGAAUCUCGUUUCUUUGAUCAACGCCGCCGGAGCCACCGCCGUGGGGCUGUCGGGACACGACGGUCGUCUUCUUACCGCCCGACCGGUUCCUAACUCGGACCAGUUAGGUUUUGUAGGAGAAGUCGCGAGGGUUGAUCCGAGCGUGCUGCGUCCCUUAGUAGAUUCCGGUUACAUUCCGGUGAUUGCCUCUGUGGCUGCUGAUGAAGCUGGUCAGGCUUAUAACAUCAAUGCGGAUACGGUGGCGGGGGAGCUGGCGGCGGCGCUUGGAGCUGAGAAGCUGAUUCUGUUGACUGACGUGGCGGGGAUCUUGGAGGAUAAGGAGGAUGUGGGGAGCUUGGUGAAGGAGAUUGAUAUAAAGGGAGUGAAGAGGAUGAUUGAAGAUGGGAAGGUUGGUGGUGGGAUGAUUCCGAAGGUGAAGUGUUGUAUAAGGUCACUUGCUCAGGGAGUGAAGACGGCGAGUAUUAUUGAUGGGAGGAGGCAGCAUUCUCUGCUUCAUGAGAUCAUGUCUGAUGAAGGAGCUGGAACUAUGAUUACAGGAUGAAAUGUGAUGUUAUAAACUAUGAGAAUGCCAAUGCUUUUGUGGUCAAGAUGACAAUCAUGAUUGUUGUUUUUGAGUCUUAGAAAGACAAUUUUUUUGGCAGCUCUUGUGGUUUGUUAUCAUUGGUCUUGAAAAGUUUAUAUUUUUGGAGACAAUUAGCUGUUCUAAGGAUAGGUGUUAGAGUAUCUGUUGCUUAGCUCUGUUUCUGUUUAUAUAUAUGCCAACCUAUAGUCCUAUC